AUGGCAAUUGACAUGGAAGAGACUUUAAACAUAACAGCAGCAGCAGCAGCAUCAAACCCUAUCUUAUUUUUGUUUUUGCUCCCACCUCAGAAAUGGUAUUCUAUUGAAUACUCUUCAACCUCACAAAAACUCAUUCCCUUUGCAAUCUUCUUCGUUUCCCUUGUCAUCUUUCUUGUCAAGACCAACUUCAUCAAUAUCUUUACCAAAACCAAGAGAGUGCCUUCUCUUCCUCCUGGUCCUUCUCCAUGGCCUCUCGUCGGAAGUGUCCCCGAAAUGUUGAGGAACAGACCGGCAUACCGGUGGAUUCACCAUUUUAUGAAAAAACUCGACACCGAUAUCGCUUGCUUCCGCUUAGGAAAAACCAAUGUCAUCGCCGUGAAUUCACUGGAAGUCACCAGAGAAUUCUUGAAGAAACACGAUGCAGUUUUCGCCUCGAGACCCAUAACCAUAAACACCGAUAUUUUCAGUCAUGGGUUUUUAACCACGGGUGUAAUGCCAUGGGGAGACCAGUGGAAGAAGAUGAGAAGCGUUUUGAUCCACGACGUAUUCAACCAUUCGAAAACUCAAUGGCUGCUUGAGAAACGCAACGAAGAAGCCGAUAACCUCGUUCGAUACCUCUACAACCUGUGCUCUGAUGGAGGAUCUGAAGGGAAAGUGGUUAACGUGAGAACCGCAGCACAGCAUUACUCGGGAAGCGUGAUGAGGAGGAUGAUGUUCAACCAGAGGUUUUAUGGGAAAGGGAAUCAAGAUGGAGGACCUGGUGUUGAAGAACAAGAGCAUGUUUCUGCACUUUAUACAAUGCUUUUGUAUCUGUAUGCUUUCUCUGUAGCGGAUUAUCUUCCAUGGUUGAGGGUUUUCGAUUUGGGUGAGCAUGAGAAGAAGGUCAAGGAGGCCAUGGAGGUAUUGAAGAAGUACCAAGAAGUUAUAGUGAACGAGAGAGUUCAGCAAUGGAGGGAAGGGAGGAGGAAAGAGGCUGAGGAUCUUCUUGAUGUUUUCAUUACGCUUAAAGAUGAAAAUGGAAACCCUGUAUUGUCCGAUGAAGAGAUCAAAGCGCAAAUCACGGAAAUUCUUCUUGCAACAGUGGACAAUCCUGCAAAAGGGAUUUUGUGGUUUCUUUCUUGUUGUUGGAAUUUUUUUAACGUAGAUGAUGAUGAAAUGGCUGAAGAUGCUGAUGAUAAUUUGCCUGCUGAGGAUACUCGUCUGCUUGAGAACAGUGGAUGGUCUUCUCGGACCAGUGUGUUGAGGUUUCACUGGUGGUCUUUAACUGAGCAAUCUGAGGGGCAUAUGUAUCAUCCUGUUGAUUGUAGCAACAAGAGUUUCAACCAAAACUGA